GGUCCGCCCUCGGCCCGGCGGCGCCGCUGCACCCCGAAGCCGCCGGGCUCGGGUCGGCGGCCCCGCGCUGCAGCCCAGACGUGCGGACGGCGAGGUUGAUGGUCCCCUGGUCAGUAGCAUCCUUCGGGAGAAGAUGGCUCAGCCUGCACCUCUGAACCAGAACCUCCCAGAUCUCGGUGGCCCAUUCUUGUACCGGGACCAGGACAAUGGGGAGAAGAGCUCAUAUUCCGUGGAAACCCCUUACGGCUUCCUGCUGGACCUGGAUUUCCUCAAGUACGUUGAUGACAUUGAAAGCGGCCAGACCCUCAAGAAGGUGCCACUGCCCCGGAGGGCAAAAGGGCCGCGGCAGCCCCCCAGUACCCUGCGCAGCCCCAGCAGCCACGUCAGCGCCUGGACCUCCACCGAGUCCCUGGCCUCCACAGCCAGCGAGGACGGGAGGACUCUGCUGCUGUCCCCGCAUGGCCGCGCGCCCCUGGACCCCCCGGGGAAACCAGCCCCACAUCCCAUCUCACCACCACCACUGCGGCUGCUGCCACCUCCCACCCGCAAGUGUGGGCUGAGGAACCCGCGCGUGGAGAAGACGCUGCUGGAGACCAGCCGGAGGCUGGAGCAGGAGCAGGACAGGGCCGGUCCCUGCCGCAGCAGCGCUUCGGGAGCCCCGGGGCAGCCCCUGCCAUGGGUGCCGGGGGAGGGCUGGGGCCGGGGCAGCCCCGGCAGCUCGGGGCGCAGCACACCGGCCGCGGGGCUUGGCACGGCCCCACUGCAGCACGUGCGGGAGCAGAUGGCGGCAGCUCUGCGGCAGCUGCGGGACCUGGAGGAGCAGGUGAAAACCAUCCCAAUGCUGGAGAUGCAGAUCUGCGAGCUCAAGAGGGAGAAGGCGAAGCUGAUGGAGAAGCUGUCGGGAGAGCCCAGCGAGGCUCUGAGACACCGCUGUGGCUCUGAGGUGGAGGCAGGGGGUGAGGAGCUGCCCCAGGCGGGGGCAGAGCACGAAGCAGAGCCCAAAGGCCGAGCGAGCAAGAUCGUGGAGCUGAGGAAGCUGACGGAGAAGCUGGCAGUGCCGGAGCGGGGGGUUAGGGGCUGGCCAUGCCGGAGCCCCCGGGCUGCUGAGAGGCCCACGUGCCGCUCCGUGGCGGUGGGCGAGGACCGGGCCAUGGCCGAUGCCGUCUUCUACUACCGGUCAGAACAAGAGGGCGGUGACGUUCCAGACAGCGGGAUGAGGGAGCGCAGGGACGCAUCCGUGUGGGUGCUGGAGUCCUCGCUGGGGGUGCCCAGUGAGGCGGAGCAGGAGCUGGAGCUGCUGCAGCAGACGGUGGGGCACCAGAAGGAGGUGAUCGCACUGAUGGAGGGGCACCUGCGGGAGGCCACGCAGGAGCUGGAGGAGCUGCGGCACGAGGUGUGCGCCCGCCGGCCCCGUGCGCGCCUGGACAAGGAGGUGAUGGCCAAGCCUCGGGUGGCCGAGGCGCAGGUGGAGGCUGUGGUGGCCACGCAGAGCCGGGGAGCCGGGGAGCCGCCGCAGGUGGUGGAGGCUGCCGUGGGCUGCUGCCCACAGACUGCCUGUGCCGCCGUGAGCUGCUGCCCCGACCUGCAGGAUGUGGCCGUCGGCCCCAGUUCGGCAGCGAGGGGUGAGGACAAGGGCAGCCAGACCGACACGGGCAGCACUGGCGCCGAGGGAGAGGAGAUGGAGCCUGGUGCAGGUGACGCCCCAGAUGGUCCCUUGGCAUGGGGCACAGGAGCGAUGGAGGGGACACCCCAGAGCAGCUCAAGCCCUGGGGCAGGCACAGCAGAGGUGACACAGAGCAGCCGGAAUCCAUCCCCAGCACGAGAUGGAGGAGCCACCCCAAGCCCUGUGGCUGGUGAGUCGGUGCCAAGGGUAACAGCAGGGAGAGGGGUGGCUCUGCUGGGGCCAGGCCUGUGCCACAGCCUGCACACAGACCAUGUCCCUUCCAUGGAGUCCGGCAGGUCUGCAGUGCUGCUGACACUCGUACCUCUGCCCCCAGGAGCCCUGAAGUCCAUCAUGAAGAAGCGGGAUGGUGCCCCGAGGAGCGAGGCCGAAGGCAGCAAGAAGAGCCUGCAGUUUGUGGGCGUGCUGAACGGGGAGUAUGAGAGCACAUCCAGUGAGGAGGAGGAAGAAGGAGACAGCUCCUCUGAGAAGGCUUCAGCCGACAGCUCCGACAGUGAUGAGCAAGGGGACACUGAAACCUCAGAUGAAGAAGCUGGGGAAGGGGAGUGUGAGCCAGGACAGGAGUGUGAGGAGGACAGCGUGACCCUGCUGGAGCCCACCGAGGUGAAGGAGAAGUUCGAGCUGAGCCCCAGGAUGCGGGAGGCCUGCCUCAUCGUCAAGACUCACCUGGGCCACCCCGGGGCCACCAAGAGCAAAGAGGUGCUUGCCAGCAGCAGCCUGGUUCUGCAGGAGUGGUUCCGUCUGUCCAGCCAGAAGUCCUCGGUGCCCGACACGGUGGCCAACCACCUCCUGGCCUUUGCUGAGGUGUCUCCAGCCCUCCUGGCCCACGUGGUGAACCUGGCGGAUGGGAAUGGCAACACAGCCCUGCACUACAGCGUCUCCCACUCCAACUUCCACAUCGUGCGGCUGCUGCUGGACACAGGGGUCUGUAAUGUGGACCACCAGAACAAAGCUGGCUACACAGCCCUCAUGCUGGCAGCACUGGCGGCCGUCGAGCAGGAGGAUGACAUGAACAUGGUCAGGAGGCUCUUCAGCAUGGGCAACGUCAACGCCAAGGCCAGCCAGGCCGGGCAGACAGCGCUGAUGCUGGCUGUGAGCCAUGGCCGGCAGGAGAUGGUGGAGGCUCUGCUCGCCUGUGGAGCUGAUGUGAACCUGCAGGACGAGGAGGGCUCCACCGCACUCAUGUGUGCCUGUGAGCAUGGGCGUGUGGAGACCGUGAAGCUGCUGCUGGCUCAGCCCACCUGUGACAUCUCCAUCGUGGACAGUGACGGGAACAACGCUGUUGCCAUCGCGCUGGAGGCUGGGCACAGCAACAUCGCUGUGCUCCUCUAUGCCCAUCUCAAUCAGGGGACAUCACCAACAGCCACCAAGAGCUCUGGGGGCCCAAAGAAACCAAAUUAGAGCGACCUCAGGAGCCAGCCCUCAGCACCAGGCUACGGUUUAUGUCCCCCUUGCCUGCUGAAUCACGCCCUGCAGAUGCUUUAACCCUCCUGUCACAGAGUAUGCCUGUCCCUGGGCCUCAUCACAGCUGGAAGCAGCCCAUGCACAGCCACCUUGCUCCACCAAGUGACAGAGGAGGCGAGCAUCAAGCAACCGGGGUGGGAAACAAUGAGCAGAAGCUGACCCCAUCCCAUCUGCUCCCAUCAGCCCUGCGCUGCCUCGGAGCCCUUUGCAAGUCCUUCACUCACUGGAACAGCAGCAAACAAGCCCAGCAGAAGCAGAGCUGGUGACAAGGAGCAGGGCUGCUGGGCCCUGCUGUGCUGCAUGCUGCCAGUGGGAAGCUCAGCAGCCGCAAGACACAAACCCAAUGAUCAGUGCUGCCUUGGACAUGGCGUGGGAGCAAUUUCAGACUGAAAUACUGCUCCUUCUCUUCUGGCCUUUCCUUUCCGGGCUGAAAUCUGAUUAUUUUUUUCCCUAGCACAUGCACACAGAGCAAAAAGAAUUAUAUUGCUUAGUCAAAGGAUGGAGUUGAACAAGAAAGCACUUAGUGAUUUGAUGUGCAGAAGCACUGAGCACCCAGGGGUGCCACUGAGCUGACAGAAGGGGGCUGAGUCAUAGAUGCAUUUAGGGACAUUUAAGAUACCCCCCACAGGGAGCAGAGACCUCCUCCCAGGGCAAAGAGAGUCAGCAGCCACUUACUGUGAAGGCAGCCAGAGCCCCAACCAAGCCCCUCUGCCCACUUCCCAAAGGGGACAAGAGCAGCUCAUAUUGUUCCAGGAAAAAAACCAUGAUGGGCAAGAGUUGAGAGCAAGCUGCAGAGAUGGACACGAAUGUCAGAGGACGUGUGUAUGAGUGUGUGCCAGGCAGGGUGGGAACAGACAAGGAAAGCACUAAGGACUGGGAGUGAAGAGGAAAAGGGUUCUGCAUGUGAAGCUGGCUCUGCUCUGAAUCCUUCGCAGAGGUGCCAUGUCACAGCUCCCAUCUCUGUUCCUUGGCUCCCCAGCAUCACUCUCGCCC